AGCUCGUAUCCUGGCCCCUCGCUAAUGACCUUUGGUAGCUAGCCCGCAACCAUCAGAAGUAAUCUCAGGACUCCCCGCGGAAGGAGAUCCCGCUCCAUUCAGCUCAGGUGUUGAUGACUUACCUGGUUCACGCAGAGUAUUUGCCCUUGUGUGUGCGUGUGCGGUGUCCAUACGCAACGGUUCUUCGAUGAGCAACUAUAAUUACAAAUACACAAGGAAUACUUCCCCCUAUUCAUUGUGCACCACUCGGCCAUAUCAAGAGAGGAAGACCCCUAGGAAGAGCUCUCACAAGGUUCAAGGUUGGAAGAAGCAAGAGGAAAGAAACCCCAACACCAAAGCUUGGGAUUUGAGGAGUCGAAACCGCCGGAAAACCGCCAUUGUUGGGGACUGUUUUCGAGCUGCAGGCCCGAAAGCCGCCCACCUUUUGCAAAAGCCGCCCGGCUUUUGGGUGCUGCCCAGUUUUUCCACUUUCAAUCGGCCUAGAACGAGGAUUGAUCGAAGAGCUUAACAAAGACAACUAUUGUACCACAUCACAAGUUUCAGGUAGAACGUGAAGGUUGCUACCGUCGCUCGUUGCACCAGGAGGAUCAAGAGAAGAAGACGUGGUUCGUGCUUCUUCUGUUUUUUUCUGAUUUUCAAAACAAUUAUAAUAAUACUCAUGGAUAUUAUUUUUUGAAUAAUUAUUUGGGGGCUUGUAUGCCCAUGUUUGCAACAGUGUGGCAUAGACACUUGUAUUAAAUGCUUCCGCUGUUUUAAUUGAAUGUUUUACAUUAUGUUUGCUUAUG